AUGGUAAGAAAUAAUGAUUUUGAAGGUUCAAAUAAUUCUGCUCAAUCAAUAACACAACAUUGUCAAUCAUAUAUAUUUCAACUUAAGUAUAAUGAUGAAAUAAAAUUACGUAUUAUCGAUACACCUAGUUUUGAUGAUACACAAAAUAAAAUCAAUAUGCAACAUAUUUUAGAAUAUAUAAAUAAUUUUUCAUAUUUAAAUGCUAUCUGUUUUCUAAUUAAAUCCAAUACAGAACAAAUGAACAUAUUUUUUCGAUUAUGUCUUACUCAAUUAGUUGAUUUUCUAGGUCCAAAUACUCGUAAAAAUCUUAUCCUUUGUUUUACUCAUACACAAGUACACGAAACAAUUCUUAAUUCAUUUUCAAUGAAUGAUAUUCUAUUUCGAGAAGACAAUACAUUCUGUUUCGAUAGUGAAUCAUGUCAAUAUUUAGUAGCUCUACAAAAUGGAAUUCAAUUCAAUGAUAGAGAGAAACAAAAAUAUGAAAAGAGUUGGUCAAUUUCAGUAAUGGAAUCAAAUCGUCUAAUUAAUUAUAUUCAUAAGACUAUAAUUUGUUGUCUUAUGCCAGGUAAAUUACAAUCAAUUAAACAUGCUCAAUUCGAAAUUAUUCCUACGAUACGACCUAUGUUAGAAACAAUGCAUAAUAUUCUUCGAAAUAUUAUUAUACAAAAUAUGGAUUCUACAGCAAAAUCUAUUGAAAUACAUUCUAAUGUUAUUCAUCGUCCGGCUACAAUUUGUCUCAUGUGCAAACCUGAGAUUCAUCAAGUUGGUAACUUUUUGAUUGUAAAUGAUUUUCCACAUGAAAUUCAAGAAGUAUGUUAUACUUGUUCAUGUCCUUUCAAUCAACAUAUUCCGAUCGGUUAUAUGUUGAAAUAUGAACUUUCGAAUCAUUCUUUAAAGAUUGAUUUAUAUCAAGUGAAAGAUUUAUUAUUGAAAUUGUGUUAUGCCAGUGCUGAAUUUGCUCUUUCUUAUUUGGUUAAUGAUUUAAGAAAGGUAAAAUGUGAUUAUCAAAUACAAAUAAAUGAUAUGAAGAAUAAUCAUCGGUACAGUUCAUUAUCAGAUAUUUAUAAAUGGAUUCAAAUCAUUCGAGAAUAUCCUAUGGUACGUGAACAAAUGAUAGCGAUCAAACAAGGACAAGAAAUCAUAAUGAAACAAUAUGAAUAUGAACUACCAAAUGAUCUAAGCAAAUAG